GAAGAAUGCAAUACGUGAAACCCAAACCGAGCGCGAGAUGUUUCUAAACAAAGCGAACAUGGAGUUUAUGUCUGAAGUGAAGUCGACUAAUUGCUCAAAGAUCGUUUUUGAGUACGUUAGUAAGUUCAGUAUCGGAAAGCUAAAUCUGCAUUGGAGCGACUGCCAAGCGACGGGCUGACCGACAACACAAAGAUUGAGUGUGACUAUGGCACCAUUCACCAUCUCCACACCUCAUCCGUCGCCACAUCAAGGCUGUUUACCUCAGAAACCUUUAUUCGUCCAGUCCGAGAUGAGUCUUUCGUCCAGUAAACGUCAAGAUCUGUGUGUGUUCGAUCAUUUAAAAGCAUCCAUCAUCAAAAUGAAGCUGUGGCAGGCUGUAAACGCAGUCCAGAACUACUGCAUGAGUCUUACUCAACUGCUCAAAUCCAAGAUGAUUUUCUUCAUUUGUGUUGGGAGGAAAAUAGUAGCCAUGAUGGGCAUCUUGAGGAAAAGUGGUGCGGAGGCCCUGGAGAGGCCUGAAGCCAGGGAUGAAGAGCGGGAAAUGAAGGAUAUGGAUAUGGAUUUGGCGGAAAAAGAGCGGGAAUCUUCACAGAAUGAUGAUGAUUUGGAGGAAAAAGAGCGGGAAUCUUCACAGAAUGAUGAUGAAGAUGAUGGAGAAUGGGAGUCAGAUGAAGAAGCUGAGGAUAAAGAGGAAGAUGAAGAAACUGAGGAUGAUGAUGAUGAUUCUGAUUGGUCAGAUGAUGAUGAUGAUGAUGAUUCCGAAGCUUCGGCUGAGAGUCUUGAGAUUUGGGAAUCGUUCCUCAAUAAUGGCGACCCGUAUAAUCCUCUGAGCUUCUCCUCGUCUGUCAGCUCCAGAACGAACACACAGCCGAUCAAAACACAACCUUCUGCAGAUACAAGACGAGAAGAGAGUCCAGAGAAAACCCAGUCGAAGAGCAGUGGGAAGAAGGUGUGUUUCAGCGAGCGCGUGUGUGUGCGCCCUCUGCUGGUCUGGAGUUAUGCGAGCAGAUCCGCGCGGGACGGUUCCUGCUGGCUGCAGAUGGCCAGAGACCGCGAGCGUUUCAGGAGGAGAGUUCAGACACUGGAGCCCGUCCUCAAACCCUGCCUGAUGCCUGAACACAGAGCACGAGUCUGGGAGAGGCUACACAUCAACACAGCAUCAUGAUGAAUACACACUCUUUAAUGCAGCAGCAGCAGCUCGCGCCUCAUGUUUAUGGAGGAGCGCAUCGUUUUUGGUGCUUUUUACACAGAUUUUUUUUUUAUAUUGUUAACGCAUUGUGUUCUGUUUGAUUUUAUAAAUGCAUUUAUGGAUGAGUGCAUCAUUUUUGAUGCUUUUGAACACUGAAUGUUUUUAUUUAAAUACGUGUAUAUAUUGUUAACGCAUUGUGUUGUGUUUGAUUUUAUAAAUGCAUUUUUGGAGAAGCUCAUCGUUCUUGGUACUUUUGAACACUGAAUGUUUUUGUUAUAUUUCUAUUUUUCAUGCAUUGUGUCGUGUUUUAUUCUAUAAAUGCAUUUGUGGUUAUUUUGCACAUUUAAAGUUGUAGAAAACUCUGUAUUUCUUAUGCGUUUCAUGUAGCAGCUGAAAUAUUAAAUGUUUUCAAUAUGCAUCCUUUA